CGAAGGAGAGCAAAGAGAGGAACGGAGAGGAGAGACAGUCCUUUUUUCGAAGAUAAUCUUAUUGUUAGAAUUUGGACAAUAUCCCUUGGAAAGUUCCUACUCAAAGGGUCGAACAGAAAACCAUUCAAGUUAAACGCUUACGGUACGACUUACAUUGGGUUACAUCAUUUAGUAAUUAGAAUUACAAUUAGUAUGAUCAAGAUAGCACAAAAGAAUAAUGUGUGCAGUGGUAAGUGAUGGAGCAGGUGGUAGUUGGUAGCAAGCAGGGAGUCCAGGCGCACGUAUUACAAGUUGGUACAAAGUUUAUAAUGUCGCGUGCAAAAAUAAUAUUUCUUGAAACGACGAAAAUCCUUUAAAUUGCAUCUGCACUUACUCUGGCUUACUUUCUUUUAAAUAAUUUAAAGCAAUUUAAAAAAACCCGCUACUGUAUGUAUGCAUACACGCGCAUUUUAGUUGGGUGAAUUUUUCCCACGCGGCACUAGAAACUUUGUGUACGUGACCUUGGUACAAGCAGGCAAACAGUAUGUAUGUAUUACAUAUCCGACACAUACACAUACACAUAUACGGCAUGAAAGAUGAAAUAUAAAAAAUGGCGUCGGCACUAGAAAAUUUAGAAACACAGUUGGAACUUUUUAUUGAAAAUGUAAGACAAAUACGAAUUAUUGUGAGUGACUUUCAACCUCAAGGACAGAAUGUAUUGAAUCAGAAGAUUCAAGGUUUGGUAAAUGGUUUACAAGAAAUAGACAAACUCAAGUCUCAGGUUCAGGAUGUCCAUGUACCUUUGGAGGUUUUCGAUUAUAUCGAUCAAGGCAGAAAUCCCCAGCUGUAUACGAAAGACUGUAUCGAAAAAGCAUUAACCAAAAAUGAACAAGUAAAAGGCAAAAUAGAUGCGUAUCGUAAAUUCAAAGCAAAUAUGUUAGUAGAAUUAACUAGAGUGUUUCCACAUGAAUUGGCUAAAUAUAGAGCGAUACGGGGCGACGAAUGAAAAAGUAAUUCGCCGAUAUUCUUGUCCGCUUUCCUAUCAUUAAUUUCUGUAUCUGAUCGUAAUCAUGUAUCAUGGAUAUUUAUUAAUGAAAAAAAUGAAACAGAAGAAAUUGAAAAAAGA